UAAACAAUCAUAAAAACAUUAUUAAUUAAACAGACACUCAGAUCACAAGUCCAAUGGAAGAUUUUAUUUUCGCAUUAUUUUUAUUUCCUUACUUAAAACAAAUUGCAAUUUCAAAAGAGGCAGUCAUUUGAAGAGAAAAGUCAGACAAUAGCAGCACUUGAUUUGGUCGAUUUGAGAAUAUGUAUAAAUUGAUAGUAUUUUGCAUAAUUUCACAAGCCAAUAGUUUGAGAAUUAUUUCCAUGGUUAAUCAAAAUUUGGCUGAAAUUAUUCGUAACUCCAAUGCCAGUAUCGUCAAUGAUCCGGAAAGAAGUGCCGAAUGUUUUUCGAUUUAUACAAUAAAAUUGACAAAUUUAACGAAUGAAUUCGAAGCAAAUUACACGAGGUGUAUUGGAAUUUCAAAUAACGCCACCAGUUGUUUGCAUCGACAAGUGAAACCAGAUCUGGAUAGAGUGGAUUUGCUGAGAGAUGAAAUAUGCUCGAGAUUUUAUAUGUGUCGGCGAAACGACAGUCAACCCUACACAUAUUUUGAGUGUAUGAAUAAUGCGGCUGGAGAGGCUAUACCCACAACUCAUUUAUUACAAAAUCUUUCGAAGGAUAAAAUGCAAUAUUUAAGUUUUAAAUAUGAAGUUAUCCGAUAUAAUGAGUACACAUGUACUGAAACAUAUUCCCAGUUAUAUCUCCAGGAAGCAGAAAGUCUUCGUGAUGAAUUGGAGAAAUGUUUAAAUGCAGCAAAUAGGACAAAUAAUAAUAGUAAACUGACUAAGGGGAUCCAAAAGAUACUGUGAAUGAAAAUUCGAAAUAAAAAAUAAUAU